AUGGUGGCGCAAACUGAGAAAGCUGAUAUGGAGGUGGCGUCGGUAGGGAUGGUGGCGGCGCGACCUCCUGCUGCUGGGUGCGACCUUCCUCUGCUGCUGCGAUGGUGGCGUGGCGUGGCGCCUGUCGGGGAUGGUGGCGUGGCGCCGGUCAGGGACAGUGGGGAUGGGCGCCGAUGGGGGUUUAUAUUUAUCGUGGUUGUGCCUCGUGGCACGGCAACACCCGUACUAUUGAAAUGGUUCGUCAGUAGAGAUGUUCCCACAGGUGCUCUUUUUUCCAAUGGUACUAUAAUUCCUAUUCCUAUCCCUUCAUUCCCUCUUUUGGUCUAUCUACAUUCCAGGAAAUUCAUACGCUCCGCGGACGGAGCAAAAAGUGGAAUCUUGCACGCGAUAGGUCAACGAAGCCUGAGCGGGCGCAGAGAAGGAAAGGCCAAACACUUCGGCCUAACGGGAAUGAGCAACGACGAAAUGAGAAGAUGA